CCCAAAAUCCGAUUUGAGGAAGAAGAAGGAGUGGGCAGUGGUCCUCUAAGGGAAUAUUUUGUUGAAACCAUCAGAGUUCUUGAUGAGGGAAUACCAUCAAGUACAGGAAAGCCUCUUCUGUUUUUGGAGGGGCAGAGCAAUCAUCGCAUUCCCACACAUGAUCAUUCACUGAGACUUACAGGGGCAUACAAAGCAAUGGGGAGGAUAAUAGGGCACUCCAUUCUCCAUGGAGGUUCAGGGUUGCAUGGGCUUUCACCUGCAGUCAAGAAUUACCUCUCAACUGAUGCUGAUAGUGACAACCCUCCAACACUAAAAGUGGAAGACAUCCCUGACAUUGAGUUGCGGCAAAUUGUUACUGAGGUAUGUAGAAAAGACAGUGCUAACCUUACUACCAUACAGUUGAAUACUGAUAACUCAACCCUCCAAGGGUAAUGUAAAAGAGGUUUGAGUUAUCGUGAGUUUGCGUUUUACUUUUUGGAAGAUGAGGAUAAGUUACCAUGUAAUUUACAUAAUGUGUCUUUUGACUUAAUCAGGUUUUAAUGGUUAUGUUAAAAAAAUGAACAAUAUUUAGACUGUAUUUUUGGGUUCCUAGCAUUGAACAUUAAAGAUAGUAAUAUUAAAUUACUGUACAACAAUUUGUGCAAAGACCGAGUGUGUCACUAAAGGAAGAACAUCUAUAAAAUGGUAUUGGAAGGUCAAGUUGAACCUCUUGCUAUUCACAUAGAUCUUUUGUCCCUAAAUAAGCAUCCUGGCUGAUUCUAUAACAUUUGCCUGGAGUGUUCAAGGUUCUGGCUCUCCCUUGCUCAUUGAGAGGAUUUUAUCAGCUUAGUACCUUAUUAGGAUGAUAUACUUUGAACUUUUGUUUGGAACUUUAGAUUGAUGUCAGUGUGUUUGCUCUUAUGUAGCUUGAUAUGCUGCCUAUAGAUGAGAAACCCAGUGCAGAUCUUAAAACUGCCCUAGACCCGUACAUGCUAGAAGCAGGUCUUGAUCCGGACCAGCUAUCAUUCAGCCAAAACAGAAAACUUGUUGUAGAGAGUCUUAUGACUUUCCACGUAAUAGAUAAACGUCGUCUUGUAUUGGAUGACAUCAUUAAAGGU